GAAGAAAGGCUUAACAAAAUGAAGCAAAAGAUUGUGAUGAGGGUGCAAAUGAGUUGCCAGAAGUGCCGCACCAAGGCACUCAUGCUUGGUGCUGCAGCAAACGGUGUGAACUUUGUGGGAUUAGAGGGAGAAUCGAAAGAGAAGUUGGUGGUGAUUGGAGAUGGCGUGGAUGCUGUCAAGUUGACGAAUUCAUUGAGGAAAAAGGUUGGACAAACGGAUAUCAUAAGCUUAGCAGAGGUCAAAGCAAGUUAGAAGGAUGAAAACAUGUUCAAGAGAGAGUGAAAAACCUUCUUCAUUUAUUGUCUUUCUUUUCAUUUUCAAUCUUUUUUUUCAUCAUUAGCAUCGUCUUGCAUGACCUUCAUUGUAAUGGCAGAGAGAAACAGAGCAUUUUCGGAGUUCAAUAAUAUAAGGGUUAAAUAUGUUUUUAGUCCUAUACUCUGGGGCGAUUUUGGUUUUAGUCCCUCUUUCAAACUAUGGUACAA